CAUACACAAGUGUUCAACCGGCGCGGCGUCAGUCGCUCUUAAAAGUCUUAAUUAGCCACCAGCGCGCCUCGUUCCUGCACCGCCCGCGCCCUAGCGUUUGCUUGCUCAUCUCGACUCACGACGCGCGUGCGCAUAUGGCCACCGUCUCCGGCACCGACCGCCUCCGCGACCUCCACGCCUUCGACGACACCAAGGCCGGCGUCAAGGGCCUCGUCGACGCCGGCGUCACCACCAUCCCCUACUUCUUCCGCCACCCGCCCGACCCACUCCCCGUCGCCUCGCCGUCCGAGGCCGCCGCGGCCAUCCCGCUCAUCGACCUCGCCAAGGCCGACGUCGACCGUGACCACGUCGUCUCACAGGUGACGGCGGCAGCCGAGACGGUCGGCUUCUUCCAGGUUGUCAACCAUGGCGUCGCCGGGGAGCUGAUGGAGGCGAUGCUCGCGGCGGUGCGGCGCUUCAACGAGGAGCCCCUGGAGGCGAAGGUGCCCUACUACACCAGGGACGUCGCCAGCAAGGUCCGGUUCAGCUCCAACUUCGACCUGUUCCGUUCGCCGGCGGCCAACUGGCGCGACACGUUGGUGAUCGAGAUGUGGCCGGAGCCGCCGUCGCCGGAGGAGAUCCCGCCGCCGUGCAGGGGCGUGUUGGAGGAGUACGCCGCGGCGGCGCGGCGGCUCGGGGAACGGCUGCUCGAGCUGCUGUCGGAGGGGCUGGGCCUCCCCGCGGGGUACCUCGGCCGCGAAGCCGGGUGCACGGACGGGCUGAGCGUGGCGGCGAACUACUACCCGGCGUGCCCGGAGCCGGAGGCGACGAUGGGCGCGACCAAGCACGCCGACCCCAGCUUCCUCACCGUGCUGCUGCAGGACACCUCCGGCGGCCUGCAGGCGCUGCUGGACCAGCCGCGGCGUCGGUGGGUGGACGUGCCCCCGGUGGCCGGCGCGCUGGUGGUGAACGUCGGCGACUUCCUCCAGCUGGUGUCGAACGACCGGCUCCGGAGCGUGGAGCACCGGGUGCUGCCCACCGGCGCUGCCGGGCCGGCUCGCGUGUCGGUGGCGUGCUUCUUCCGCGUCGAGUACGCGUCGACGAGGCCGUACGUCCCGGUCGUCGUCGGCGGCGGCGGGGCGCGGGCGGCGGCGGUGUACAGGGGCACGACGGCGGGGGAGUUCCUGGCGCACUUCAACGGCAAGGGGCUCGACGGGCGGUCGGCGCUGGACCACUUCAGGAUUCCGGCGGCGGCGUCGUCUCCUCCUCCUCCACUGUAGCUGGAUGGAUCGUUUCGGUGAUGUAGUCGGCGACUCGGCGUUUGGAUGGUGAUGGUCGUAGUCGUAUAUACUUGGCGAUUUGGGAACCAUUCAGCCGUUAUGUGUCAAUGCUUAAUUAAUUGGUGUGUUGGAAAAUAAACAUUUACAGAUAUACAUGUAUGCUCAGAUAUAUAGUGCGGUAAAACUAGAAAUUCGAAGUAAUAAAUUAAUGUUAUAUCUCUGUAUUUCAUGUGAUUUUGGGUUGCAAUACUACUCGUUUUGGGUGCAGUCAUUACAUUAA